AUGCCGCCAUCGCAGCCAACCGCCGCGCCCAUCCCGCACAUCCACAUGCUGUGCAUCAACGACGCCCACAGCGCCGCCCUGCGCGCCGCCCUCGCGGCCCACGGCCUGUCGUCGCUCGCAAUCACGCACCACAACUGCGCGCUGUCCUUUGUCGAGGCCCGGUUCGACCUCAUCGUGUCGCCGGCCAACUCGUACGGCCGGCUGGACGGCGGCUUCGACGACGCAAUCUCGCGCUCCUUCUCGCCGCGCGACGACUACCUGGCCCUCACCAGGGCCGUCCAGGCGCGGCUGUACAGCGACUGGCGUGGCUUUGCGCCGCCGGGCACCUGCACGCUGCUGCGCAUCCCCGACGAGUUCCACCAGCGCUCGCGCAACGCCUGGGGCACCAAGUACCUGGCGCUGUGCCCGCUGAUGCGCGUGCCGUCCAGCGCCGACUGGGACCGCGAGGUCGUCUACGAGUGCACCUGGAGCCUGCUGUGCGCCAUCGACAGGCACAACCGCAGUGCGCGGCAGCAGGACGAGAUCCAGAGCCUGCUCAUGGUGCCCAUGGCCACGGGCGUUGGGGCCGUGAGUCCGGCCAAGUGGGCGGGCCAGACGGUGCUUGCGCUCAAGCACUACAUUGACGCGGUGGAACACGAGGCGAAAUGGAGCGCGCUUGAGCCGAGUGAGAUUGCCGAAUAUGCGGGCGACGUUGAGAAGACGUGGAGGUCUUAGGGUCAAUGCUCUCUACAUGCUGUCGGUUGCCAGCGAGACGAUGGAGUUAUCGUGGAGGAGCAAAGUCGCUGGUUGACGUAUAAGAGGGUGAUGGAGGGGAAGAAAGAAGACUGCAGCAUGGAACAUGGAAUCAUUCAGUUGACUCGCCUGCGGAUAACC